AUGAGUAACGUCUAUAAAAUUGAAAAUCUUGAAAGUCUUUUACAAUGUGCAAUUUGCCUUGAUCGGUUUCAAUCACCAAAAGUUCUUGUUUGUCAACAUACAUUUUGUUUAACAUGUCUAAACAGCACAUAUAAUGUACAACAGAAAACUUUAACAUGUCCAACAUGUCGAAAAACAGUGAGUUUAAGUCGUGGACCAGAUGAAUUACCUAAUAAUCUUUUAUUAAAUAAUUUAAUGGAAGUUCAACCUGUUAAAGCAAAAUGUCCUUGUUGUAAUAAAGUAGAAACAUUAACUAUUUGUGAACAUUGUAAUUGCACGAAAUGUACGAAUUGUAAUGAAAAACAUAUUAAUGAUAUGAGACAAUCAGUAAAAACAAUACUUGAUGAAUUACAGAAUACAAGUCCAAAUGAUUUAAAAGUAUCCGUUCAAGAUGCUUUUAAAAAUAUAAAAAGCGAAAUCUAUAAUCAAUUUCAAAAUAUUCGACAACAACAUGAUUCAAUUCUACUAACGAAACAAAUGGAUAUACUUAAACAACUUGAACUUCAUGAACAAAAUUUAUUAACUCAUGUUGAAAACGAUCUUCAAACUCUCGAACAAUCUAAACUUGAAUUAACGAAAAAAAAUUAUCAUAUUGAAAGUAAAAGCGAACCGGAACUAAUUGAUUUAUUAAAAAAAGCAUCUGAUAUUCAAACAAAUUUAACUGAUAAACUCGCCCAGCAUCAUAAAUAUUUAGAUUCUGUGGAAAUAUCUUUACAAUAUGAUCAAGAUCGAAUUAAUCAAAUUAAUCAAAUGUGUGACAAUAUUCAAUUAAAUAUCGUUACUAUAAAUGAUAGUAAAUCUAAUCAACAAACGAAAUUAUCUAUUCCAUCCGAAUUAAUUUGUCUAACUUUACGAACAUUUCUUAAUCAAGAAUAUCGAUUUCGUAUAACAUUAGAUAAAACAAUAUAUGAAUUAAAAGAAUUGUUUGGUAAACAAGAAAAUCUCGAUCCAAGACAUAUAACAUUAACAAAAACUGGUAAUUAUUUCGAUGAACUUGAUGAUAAUCGAACAUUAAAAUCAUACGAUUGCGAUUCAUCAACUGCUCUUAUGAUUUGUAUUCGAAAAUAA